AAAAGCCUCAGCUUGAUAGGUGCAGCCCCUUACGAUGACGAUCAUUUUUGCAGGAUCGGCCUAUGCCGACGGAUCUCAGCACUGGUGGUGGAGUGCUCAGUGCCAGCCCAUCGUGGCCCGCGCUGCAGCAGGAGCAUGCCCAGUUGGCCCAGGGCUGGACCCAGGGUAGACUGGCGCAGUUAGGCACCACUCUGGCCGCUGAGGGGCCUCGGGGGGCAUUAGCCAAGGCGCUCGACCAGGAGCUUGCACGCCUGCAGCGGCUAGCCCGUGUGGCACAGCAGCGUACGGCUGUGCCACCGUGGCCGAAUCGGUCGAGUGGCACCGAUGAGGAAGACCCCGGCUACAGCACAUUGGCCUCUUCUUGCUUCUCAACGGGGCCCCUGUGCAGCCGUACUUGCAUCGAGUCCUGCUUGAGCAGUUUGCGCAGCCGGACUUGGAGAAGGACCCUAUUGGGGCACCCCUGCGACAGGUACAGUACUUUGACAGGCAACUUUAUCCGUGCUGAGCUGAACAGUGUCUCAGUCUUAGACGCCUCCAAUCAAAACUUGUUUAUUGUACUACCUGCCAUUUUAGAGCUAGCUUGGCUCUGAUGGCUGCUUUUAUCA